AUGAUUCCAAACUGCUGGGAGGAAAGCUCUAUUGACCUUCAGGGAAAUUCAGAUCCAGACCUGGACUUUGUAGCUAAUUGGACUUCUAAAUUCCAAGUAAAGCAGAGUGAAAAAAAGCAACGCUUAAAAGCAUGUGACGGGAAUAGAAAGGAGCAUGUCUAUCUGAAUAUGAAACACAGCACUUCUUCCAAGAAACAGAUGAUGAAAAGACAAAGAACAGAGGAGAACAAGAAUAUCAAGAACAAAGAUUCUCCUGUUUCAGAUACUACCUGCUGGAUUAUAGCAGUGAUUCUAGGGAGCCUCGCCUUGGCAUUGCUGGGAACUACAGUGGGUUUUAUUAUCAAGGGCUGUCCGUGUCCACGCUGCCCUGAGCAGUGGGUGGGCUCCGGGGGGACCUGUUACUCCUUCUCCAAGGAGAAGAAGGACUGGCAUUCCAGCCAGGAAUCCUGCCGGGCACUGGGAGCUCAUCUCCUGGUGAUCAACGAUACCAGUGAACUGGACUUCUUCCAGAUAAUGCACACCAAAUCCCACUGGAUUGGUUUGCAGAAUAGCACUGGUGGUGACUGGGCCUGGGAAGAUGGUUCAAAACUGAGGGGCAAAAAGGUCCUGUUCAACAGCCCUGUGCAGAACUGUGCCGUUCUGCUGGAAGGUGCCAUCCGUGCUUCCAGCUGCGAAGUCCUUGCCCCAUGGAUCUGCGAGAAAUCUCUUCAGUGA